AUGGUAAUAUUGAGAGCCAUGAAGGAUAAGACAUGGAUAACUCAUGUCCGAAUCAAGAAAGCCAUGCAUGGCACAUACAUUCUAGGGGUCACGAUAGACCAUGCGAUUAUUUCGGACGGGUAUCUGAAUGCCUCGUCAAAUACAAAGUGCCGAUGUGGAGAAUUUCAGUGGCCAAGAAGUGUCUACAGCUUCACUGAAUUCAACCCACCUUGUAAGAGGACGGGUGACUGGCCCAUCCCAGUCACGACCAGCUUCAUCAGUAUUGCCAUGCAGUGA